GGUUUCAGACACAGCAUAGAACCUCACCGAUGCUUUUUAGCGUCAAACCGGAAAAUGUAUACAUGGAGAGUUCAUGCUCUUGUCAGACUUGCGUAAUGGACUUUAUGGAGGAUGAAUGGUUUGCUUAUCGUCACAACCCCACAGUUCCACCAUUACUCAACAGGAAAAACAGCGUGCUUCGCCAAGACGUAUACAGAUGGUGGAUGGGUCUGCAACAUUCAUCCCUUAAAGUCAACUACACAGACAUCGUAGACCAGCUGUUCACGCUCUUUCCAGAUGAAGACCACUACUCGGACCCCGGCCCGGAUCGCUGCAGAACAUGCGCUGUGGUGGGAAACUCUGGGAACCUCAUCGGAUCCCGAUAUGGUCCUCUUAUAGAUUUUCAUGAUGUUGUUAUUAGGAUAAAUAAGGGUCCGACAAAAGGCUAUGAGAAGGAUGUGGGCUCUAAGACCACUCACCGGAUUCUGUAUCCUGAGAGCGCUGUGGAUUUGGACAACUCCACCCACCUGGUGCUUUUUCCCUUUAAAAUUCGGGACAUGCAGUGGCUCAUCAGUACCUUCACCACUAGACACAUCACACGCACAUAUAUGCCAGUGAAACCUUCCAUAAAUGCAAACGAGGACCAGGUGAUGAUCCUCCACCCUGGAUUUAUAAAACAUGUCUAUGAUAGCUGGUUGCAGAAACAUGGCAGAUAUCCAUCCACUGGCUUCAUAACAUUAAUUUUUGCCCUGCAUAUCUGUGAUGAGGUGAAUGUUUUCGGAUUCGGAGCUUCAAGUGGUGGAGCCUGGCAUCAUUACUUUGAUCAAACUAAUACUCACUUUAAAGCAGGCCCGCAUGGUGGAGACUUUGAAAACAAAACAAUACAUGAACUUCUUCAGAGAAAAAAGAUUUCAAUCUAUAAAGGGUAUCGGUAAAAAGGGGGAAUUGUUUACAUUUACUCACCCAUGAACUGACUCUACUUCUGCUAUCCAUCCAACCUUCCUUACUAUCCAUCCAACCUGUUUCUUCCAUCAUCUUGUGAAUUAAAUGACCCAUUAUCACAUACUCCUAUCACAAUGUAACUUGUUCAGCAGAAUAGCUGCAGUUUAAAUACAUCUUGCUUUGGUUUGUAUUCUUUUAAAUUGAAAAGUUGAUGUGGGACAUGUCGUUUUGCUGGAUUCUUGCUACUCGAAAGCAGGUUUUGGGUGGAUGGACAUUAUCUCUGCAGAGUUUUUUAAUGGACAAAACAAGUCAGUAAUUUAUAUUUUUGGAAGGGAAGACUGUCAAAUCUUAAGUGAAGGAUGCUUUGGAGUAGGCCUAGACUGGCAUAUAAAGAUGGGUAGUAAUUAUUCAGAAUACAAAAGAUAAAAAUGUAAAAAAAUAAAGUAAAAAUAAAUUAUGAUAAAAUGUCAGUGGUCUAAGACAUGAAAAUAAUGAUGGCUGGCAAUGUUAAUAUUUAAAUGUAGAAUAUUUUAAAAAUAAUUUACAACUUCUUUUAUGUCAAGCUGUUUUUGCACGUUUAAGUUAUAUAAUAUUACAUCUGGAAUAUAAAAAUAAAUUGCAUAAAA